AUGGCAUACUGCAACAACGAGUGCAACAACAAGGCAGCCAAUGACUGCGAUUAUGGCCUGUGCGGGAGCUGUUGUGAUCAUGGAGCUUGCCAUCGCCAUGGAUGGUUCGAGCACGAAUGCGAUACAUGUGGACGGCUUUUUGAGAAUCAAAACAACUUGAACCAACACAUGAGGACACACAUGCCCAAGGACAAGUUUUGCCCUGCCUGUGGCAAGUUUGCCAGCUCCUCCGUCUCGGGUGUGACGAUGCAUGUGGAGAAUGGCCACUGCUCUGCAUGUGGGCAUCAUGGGGGGCGUCUAGUAAGAGAUUUCAUGCGCCACAAUGUCCCUGAGUACCUUCGGCCUGCCAUCUGCGACGGAUAUGUCAACGAGAGUGAGGAUGAGGAUCCUUAUUGUAGCAUUUGUGACCGCUCCUUUAAGAGUUUCGGCGCUUUGCUGCAACAUACAGAAGCUAAGCAUUCCCAGCGUGGCCCUCAGCUCAGUUUGUCCUGGUGA